CUAACCAGCAUAAACAGGUUCUUACUCCUAAACUAGAAUAAGUCAAACCCAUGCGUGACGUCAGGACAGCGCCCCUUCAACCUUCAGGGGUAAACAAAACGCAGCAUAUGUUAUUGGAUGUGGUGAGAUAAACGGGGUAGUUUCAGCGUUAAGACAGCCACCCGCCGUGCGUCUCUGUGCAGGAUUACAGCUGCAUCUCGCGCAUUGAAGCCAGCUUUCUUUUCAGGCUGCCAUCAAAGAGUUGUUAUCUACAAUGGAGAGCAAGAAGAAAAGGAGUAUCCUGGAGCGUUUGAAUGCUGGGGAGGUGAUAGUAGGAGAUGGGGGUUAUGUAAUGCAGCUAGAGCGACGUGGUUAUGUGAAAGCAGGACACUGGACACCUGAGGCUGCUGUUGAACAUCCUGAAGCUGUGCGGCAGCUGCACAGAGAGUUCCUACGAGCAGGAGCCAACGUGCUGCAGACAUUCACCUUCUACUGCAGUGAGGAUAAGCUGGAGAUCAGUGGCAAUGUCACCAACCUCACUGGGGCCCAGAUCAAUGAGGCAGCAUGCAACCUGGCCAGAGAGGUGGCUGAUGAGGGUGAUGCAUUGGUCGCUGGGUGUGUGUGUAUGACUCCUUGUUAUCAGAAGAGUCACAGUGAGACAGAAGUCAAGGCCAUCUUUAAGAAGCAGAUGCACGACUUCCUCAAGAAGAACAUUGAUUUCUUUAUAGUGGAGUUUGUGGAUCAUGUGGAAGAAGCAGUGUGGGCAGUGGAGGUGCUGAAGACCAGUGGUAAAGCAGUGGGAGCGACACUCUGCAUCUCCCCUCAUGGAGACAUGCAAGGAGUCCAGCCUGGAGAGUGCGCUGUCCAGCUGGUCAAAGCUGGAGCUGACAUCGUCGGAAUAAAUUGCCACUUGGACCCUCUGACGUGCGUUCGCACGGUGAAGUUGAUGAAAGAGGGAUUAGAGAAAGCCGGUUUGAAGGCCCACCUCAUGAUCCAGCCGCUGGGCUUUCACACACCAGAGUGUAACUUCGGUGGAUACUUGAGCCUUCCUGAGUUCCCCUUUGCACUGGAGACCAGAGCAAUGACCCGUUGGGACAUUCAGAAAUAUGCCAGAGAGGCUUACAAUGUUGGAAUUCGCUACAUUGGAGGCUGCUGUGGAUUUGAGCCCUACCAUAUCAGAGCUAUAGCAGAAGAGCUGGCUGCAGAGAGGGGGUUCCUCCCACCAGCUUCAGAGAAGCACGGACUGUGGGGGGCUGCUCUGGAGAUGCACACUAAACCCUGGGUCAGAGCUAGGGCUCAUCGAGAGUACUGGGAAAACCUCCUGCCUGCUUCUGGACGUCCCAAAUGCCCUUCCAUGGCCACACCAGUCAAUGAUUAUGAAAAACAGCAGAAAUAAAACAUAAUCAGAUGUAUUCUUUACAUGUGUGAUCAGAUUAUCCACAUUUCUUCAUAUCAAGAGUAUUAAUCAAGCAUCUCAUCAAUAAUUGUUUUGCAGUGUGUCCAAUAAAAUUAUUUUCACUGUAUUAUUUGUCCAAUCCAACAUAUGAACAUAAUUGCUGAUAUCCUUUACGUAUGUUCAGAUUAUCCACAUUUCUUCAUGUCAAGAGUAUUAAUCAAGCAUCUCAUCAAUAAUUCAUGUCCAAUAAACUUGUUAUUUUCACUGUA